AUGUUCGGCGGGAAAGCCCAGGCCGGCGGUUACAUCGCUACCCGUCUUCAGACUGUUCAGAACAUUGCCCUUAUCUUGGACACCUCGCUCUGGCCCGCCCUGUGCCGCAGCCACACUCAUCAGGUACAAAGCGUCGCCGGCCAUGCCAAGCCCGGGAUAUUUUCAGUCUACCGCCGAGACCGCCAUGGAUCUCGGCAUCAAGGCACGCCCGGCACCAGAGAAAUGUCCGCUGGCAACGGGCCAAUGGCAGGCGGGGAGAAGGCACUGAUUACCAAGUACUUGGUACUUUCGCAGGUCUCCAUCUCGGUUCUCCCCCGGAGGCCCCAUUUCCACCACAGGCUGAGAGAUAGGGAUACUCAGGACCUUAGACACAAUCCUGUCUUCUACUUCAAGCCAGACCAGACAUGCAUUGCGGUCCUUCUGGCUUUUCACCUCAUGUUUCUUAUCUGGUUCAACCCGACACAAACAGCACAGAACCCUUGCCCCGGCUCCGGCCGGAUCAGCGGUCCCGAGGCCAAGGCUCAGCGCAUGCAUUCUGCACACGUAUGGGUCCAUCACGUUGAACUUGGAGUGGUCCCCGACCCCCGACUGUUGGACCUUGGUGCCUGGGCUCCCUGGCUUCGGCACAUGGCCUGGCUCCCACACCGCAACAGCAGCUCAUAA